UCAGCUCAUUCUCACUCGUAUCCUUUCCUUAAGUAACAAAAUAUCUUUUCUUUCUAUUAAUCAUCUUCAACAGAGAUACAACAACACUCAACAUAAACACCAUGGCCAGACAUUUUCAUGCUAUUCUUGCCAAACAAAUUCUAUGCCGAUCUGUGUGGAUUACAAAUAAAUCAGCUUCAAGAUCUUCAGAUGUACCAAAAGGUUUCUUAGCUGUAUACGUUGGCGAAAUGGAUAAGAAACGAUUUGUAGUUCCAGUAUCCUAUCUGAAUGAGCCUUCAUUUCAAGAUUUGCUAAGUAAAGCUGAAGAGGAGUUCGGUUUUAAUCAUCCAAUGGGUGGUUUGACAAUUCCCUGCAGAGAAGAUACUUUCAUUGACAUUCUUUCUAGCUUGAGUAGAUCAUAAGUCGACUUCACAACCAUAUUAAUCUGAGAAAACAAUUUUGUAUGGCCAAAACUGCCAAUUGAAUGUAAAUAUUUCUCUUCUCUGUUAUAAUAUCGAACAGUUUCAGCAAACGAAAAAUCUUCUUACACAUGCAAGCAAUACUCUGUAGUUUUCCCCA